CACGUCAUUCUGGAAAUUAAGUGUCAGAGCAAAUGACCGAACACACAAGCGGUCAGUGUUAUAUUUUGUGUCAACGUUAGCGACGUUGGCAAUUUAAUGACACGAUUAAAGGAUUUUGAAGAAUUUUCUUGAAACGACAACACUGGUUAUAAAAAGAGAAAGAGGGAGUAUAGAUCUGGUAUUUCUUUGGAUGGCUCAGACCCUGAAAAAAUAUGAGUAAACGAUUGGCUCCAAAAACCUUGGGGAAAAUAAGCACAUCAUUUCAUAUGUGGCAAGUAUAUGCUCGCAAGUCAGCAGCAUCACUUCCCUUGUCUGGUACCUCUCACUGUAGGAUUCAUGCACAACAUCCUGUGUGCUACAAGGCUGGCUAUCGCAGCUGGAAGAAUAUCCACCACCUGAGAAACAGGGGUCGUAAAGGAUGGGUCUCUAACCAGGUCAGACAGCGGCUUGGACUCCACACCAGCACCCUGUAUUUGAACACUUCAGCCUCAAAGUGGACUGCUGGUCUGAGCCAACACAUGUCGCGGGUCAGGAGCACACUGGACACAGUUUCUAAAGCUGUGAGUGGAACACAUACAGAUCUUCUGGCCAAAAUUGCCCGGCUGAAACCAAAUGCUUUAAAGGCUAGGAAAAAGGUUGAGGCUGGUACUGAGUCAACAGCAAAUACCGAGGAGAAUGCAGUCACACCUAUUCCUACAUCUGCUACACCCAAACCUGUAAUAAACUCAUCAUCUGCCAGUCCGUCUCUCUCCAAUUCCACUACACUUGACAAAAGUGCCGCUACCUCCACUCAUUCUCACAGUUCUACGCAAGCAACUGUCCCGGCCACGAUCGCAGCUGUGCGUGAGGUUAAGGAGAAAAGACUGAGACGUGUUGUUCCUGCUGUCAAAGCUACUUGUGCCAGGAAGCAAGAGGAGAUUCCACCUUCACUGAGGGAGACGGAGAGUAAAAGCACAACUUCCAAGCAAAACACAGCACCUUUCCAUCCCAGCACUUUGUCAGUCAGCCUGGAUGAGACGUACACCUACCUAGCCCAUCACAUCAACUCAUACUUUGGCAGCUCUACAAAGACUCAGGAUAAAAAAGGGGACAGUGUUGAAAAGUCCUCUGUUUCCUCUCAGGAUCAACAAGCCUCAGACCUCAUUGCACUGUCUGAUAAAACAGAACCUGCCACUCCGGCUACCCCACCUUCAUCCAGGAGGGGUUUAGGACAGUACCUGUCCUAUUCAGCUCCAACUGUGCAAGCAUUUGUUGGGAACUACAUUGCUCCCCUUGUUCCUAAGUUCAGGACUGUUGAUUUCAAAAGUGCUGCAGUGGAAGAGAAGAAGCCUGAAGAUGUGUCGGUAAAACAUACUGAGGCCACAAUUAGUAAGGAGCAGAAGGCUGCAGAGGAGAAAGCCAAGAAACUUCUACUCCAAAGGGAAAAGAUUAUUGCCAGAGUGAGUGUGGACAAUCGAACUCGGGCUCUGGUCCAAGCUCUCCACAGGGCAUCAGAUGUAAGGGUCUAUAUCAACAGGGUGGAGGACCUAAGUUACCACCUCUUGGAAUUUCCAGAGACUCGUGGUGUUGCAGUCAAGGAGAAGGCUAUCCCAUGUCUCCUCCGUCUGGAGCAGGCCAGCGACCCUGGCCUGAGAGCCGCAGUCAGAGAAGCUCUAUCUCUGGUGGGCUAUCAUAAGCCCGUUAAAGGCCGAGGCAUACGGAUCUUGUCUAUAGAUGGAGGAGGUUUAAGGGGACUUCUUGCCCUUCAGACUCUACACAAGCUGGAAGCCCUGACUGGCAAACCCAUUUACAAGCUGUUUGAUUAUAUUUGUGGCGUCAGCACAGGUGCUGUCAUGGGGUUUAUGCUGGGCGUGUUCCAAAUCCCUCUGAAAGAGUGUGAUGAUCUCUAUCGGAAGUUGGGUUCGGAUGUUUUCAAGCAGAAUGUGAUUGUUGGCACGGUGAAGAUGGGCUGGAGCCAUGCCUUCUAUGACAGCGAAGCCUGGGAGAACAUCCUCAAAGAGAAAAUGGGCUCUCAUCUCCUGGUUGAGACUUCAAGAAACCCUGAAUGCCCCAAGGUGGCGGCUGUGAGCACCAUUGUGAACCGGGGCACUUCUCUGAAAGCAUAUGUAUUCAGAAACUACAACCUGCUGCCCGGGAUGCGCUCGCACUACCUGGGGGGCUGCCAGCACCAGCUGUGGCAGGCCAUCCGUGCCACUUCAGCAGCUCCUGGGUAUUUCCAGGAGUUCACCCUGGGGAACGAUCUCCACCAGGAUGGAGGUCUGUUGAUUAACAACCCCACCGCACUCGCUGUCCAUGAGUGUAAGUGUUUGUGGCCCGAUACGCCCUUGGAGUGUGUGGUCUCACUCGGUACGGGCCGCUUCGAAACGCCCAGCAAGAACAGCACCUCGUACACGAGCCUCAAAACCAAACUCACCAACGUCAUCAGCAGCGCCACAGACACUGAGGAGGUUCACGCCAUGCUCGACGCUUUCCUCCCUCCAGACACUUACUUCCGCUUCAACCCCUACUUGAGCGAAGACGUCUCUUUGGAUGAGAACCGGCAUGAGAAGCUCAACCUGCUGCAGGCGGAGGGCAUCCGCUACCUAGAGAAGAACGAGGAAAAGCUGAACAAAGUCGCCCGCAUCCUCACCCGGGAGAAAAGCUCCUUCCAGAGGAUGUCUGAGUGGGCCAGGCUCAGGGCUGACAUGUAUAACGGCUUGUCCUUUAACUCCUCCAAGUUUUAGAUCCAACACAAGCCACAUUUUCCUGGCCAACAUAUACACAGAAAGUCUUCCCUUGCUAAUAAUCACUUCAAAUAGGUCAUGUUAUUACGUGUCAUAGUUGCUUCCUCAUCUGUAAGUCUGAAGAACAUUGUGUAAAUACACAUGUUGGUGAUGUAUCCAACAUGCCAAACACUUCCUAACCCUGAUUCCCCAUUCACAAUUUAAUGGUGAUUUUAGAGUUAAUGUGCCAACAGCUUCGGCAGUCGGCACAUUAACUACUUUCACCACCAAAGUGAAUCUAGUUGCCGUUGCUCUGUAGCACUCAUCUCAGCAUAGUUGCAGUCAAAUAGUAUGUUUUAUAUGACUUGUGGAUUGGUCAACUCCCUGGCUAAUGCAUCAACAGGAAUAGUUUGACGUUUUGGGGCAAGGUGCUUAUUCCUCUUCUUUCAAGCUCAAUCAGGCUGUUGUGUGAUAUAUACAGCUGCUUGAAAUAAAGUCUGAAAUCAGGAAACACGUAGGCCCGUCUAUUUCUCGAGGUUACAAAAUACAUCCACUUAGCCGUUUCCCCCAUUUUCCGUCUUUAUACCACGUUAACUGGCUGCUGGCAGUAGCCACAAAAUUACCGUACAGAUAAGUGAGAAUGAGAGCAUGUCUCCUAAAAUAGUCCUUUCAAAAGCAGAACUCGAGCACCUUCCUACAGCAACCAGAAAUGGUAGCAAUAACAGUUCUCCCCAAGUGAGCACUUUUUAACCAUUUGCCUUCUUAUAAAAGAUUUUUUUUUUUUUAGAUGACAACCACUGUAUCCUCAUAAACCUAUUUCUUAACCUGUUACUCUCACAGUCAGAUGUAUAGGUGGGCUUUAUGUUCUAUUGAAAUGUCAUAUUUGCUGAGCUGUAACCAGCCUGUAGCACUAUAAAACGGAAUUGUUAAGUAAUUACAGGGAAAUAGUAUUUUUGUAACCUAAUUAAGGCCAAUCUGAGCGUCUAAUAAAAGUGACAUUUCUAAGUUAUGAUGACAAAUAUUUGCACAUUUAAAUUAUGUAACUAUAUACUGAUGAAACUACUAUUGGUACACAAGGGCCCAUGGCAAGCACUACAGUAUUAUAUAUGUAACUCUAAUAUACAUAUCAUGAUUAACAAUAAUGAUUGAUAUGAAUAGUAAAUAUGUAAUUUAAAUGAGGAUGCAAAUGGAGCCUCACUGUCAAAAAGAUGUGUCUUUUAUGUAUGAUUUUAGCCUUGGAGUAUUUUAACUUCAGUUGUUUCCAGAGCUUUUAUCAUCGUGUGCUUGAUUGCUUGGCUUUAUGGAUUCCCCACAGGCUAUUCACAUUUUCUGCUCUGUCUUUAGCGUGCCCUCUUUCCCUUUGAUGCCAUUUCUCAAAAGCCUCUUUCACCCUUUCUACCUUGAAGUGCUGUGUUUCAGUCCCCGCUCUGCUGUACUAUAGCGUUUGUUGAAAUCACGCAGGUUGUAUCUGAAAGCCCUGCUUUAAAAACAGAUGGCUGCUCAUUGAUUUGUUAUGGUGGUGAAUUAUCUUCAUAUGCUGCUACAUGUACUGCACUGCAGAUGUCUGUUUUCAGUGUCUAACCUGGUCAAGUACUGUACAACAACAUGUUGAUCACUCCCAGAGGACCUGAAAUAAAAUAUCUCCCAGAUGAAUAUAAUUCCGCUGUUCUCCUGUUGGUCCUGCGUAAAGACUGUUCAAGAGUGUAAUUAAAACCCGUCGCUGAACCGCA